AUGGACCUGCAGCAGGACGAGGAAAGGGACGCUCCAAACAACGAAACGUGUGGUGUAAAAGCAGAAAUAGAGGAGUCCAAUACACGAAAAUCCACUUUUGACCAACAUCUAGUAAAACACACCGGUGAGAAACCCUACAUGUGUGGGGAAUGCGGUUUCAGGACAGCUCACCAGUGUUACUUAUCCCGACAUAUGAGAACCCAUACAGGAGAAAGACCUUACAAGUGUGGCCAGUGUGACUAUACAGCCGCAGGGGUGAAACCCUUCAAGUGUGAUCAGUGUGACUAUUCUGCAGCAGUGAAAUCCCUCCUAGACCGGCAUCUACUAAGAAGACACACUUGUGAGAAACAUAGAGCCAGUUUGGACAAACAUCUAGCAAAACACAGUGGUGAAAAACCCUACACUUGUGGAGAUUGUGGGUACAAGGCGGCUCGAAAGCACCACUUAUCCGAACACAUGAAAAUUCAUACAGGAGAAAAACCCUACAGCUGUCAUCUGUGUAGCUACUCUGCAGCUAGAAAAUCAACCCUGUCUAAACAUUUGACAACCCACGAGGAAGACUAA